AUGGCGAAGAGAGUCACCCUCUUCGAGCCCCCGCCGCUGGACGCCUCCAAGGCGCCGAUUGAGAAUGUCCUCGAGCUGACGCCCGUGUUGGACAUUGGGCCGGACGUCUUCACGAAUACGCGCCCCCUCUGGCAUCCCCCCGGCGCGCGCGGCAUCUACGGCGGCGCCGCCAUCGCCCAGUCCCUGUCCGCCGCCCAGCGCACCGUGCCCAGCGAUUUCACCGUCCAUAGCAUGCACUGCUACUUCGUCCUCGCCGGCGACUCGGAGAUCCCCAUCGUCUAUCAUGUCGAGCGCGUGCGCGACGGCAGGAGCUUUGCGACCCGCACCGUUCAGGCCCGGCAGCGCGGCCGGCCCAUCUUCACCACUACGCUCAGCUUCAGUCGCGAGGACAGUGGGGGGAAGAAGAAACUCGAGCAUGCCGCGCGCAUGCCGACUGUUCCUCCUCCGCAGGAGACGCCUCCCACGCCGGGACGGGAACACCGCAGUCCGUUUGAGUCGCAGAAGGUGGGAAUCGUGAAUGGAUCGAGUCACCCCGAAGACAAACGCAUCAGACAGUGGAUCCGCGCGCGAGGCCGGAUCUCUGCUGCCGGAGGCCACCAGGCCCAUCUGUCGGCGCUCGCGUACAUGACCGACAGCUACUUCAUCGGGACGGUGUCGCGGGUUCACGACAUACCGCGGUUCGCGUCGCCGGCGGCGCUGCAGCGGGCGCUGCAGUCGCUGAAGAACCCGUCGGACCUGGACAGCGACACGAUCGCGCGGUAUCUGAAGGACCUGGCGGAGGAGCAGCAGGCGGAGCUGCGCAAGAGCCGGCAGGACGGCACGCUGGACGCGACGAAGCUGUCGUCCAUCAUCAAGCACCACCGUCGCGACAACCGCGAGAUCGGCAUGAUGGUCAGUCUGGACCACACGAUCUACUUCCACAACCCGCGCGCCUUCCGGGCGGACGAGUGGAUGCUGUCGGAGAUGGAGAGCCCGUGGGCGGGGGAGGGGAGGGGGUUGGUGAUGCAGAAGCUGUGGUCUAGGGAUGGUGUACUCAUCGCGACGUGUGUGCAGGAGGGCGUCGUCCGACUGAAGCAAGACGAGGACAGCAACAAUAACAAGCCAGCUCGCGAGACGAAGCUGUAG